AUGGACCAGAUCAUCUCAACUUCUCCAGACGAUAUGGUCAAGACGCCUCUUCAUCUUUCUCCCGAUGGCUCGAAGAUCGAAGACGUCAAGCCUGCGGAACUACUGGACACCAAAGGCUUAGCCAAUAUCGCCAACGACCUGAAGUGGGUUUAUCGGGAUGACAAUCUGCCUGAAGACGACGACUUGAAGAAGACAGUCAUUGACAUGUUUUCGUGCUACGAGCCACAAGAUGCACUUCCUGGAGAGUUUCGACAUCCCGAGUCGCCUCUUACUUCCGAACGAUCCAAGAAGUACCAGGAGUUGACAGAGCUCUUUACGCAGUACGCAAACUGGUAUCCCAGCCUAUAUCUCCAAAUGCGCAAGAUCAUCGACCCGGACUUCGAAAGCCGUGUCUUCUUCGAAAAGAUCGACAAGCGCAUUACUUCCACCUUCGACGCUUUGGAUGAAUACAUAGCCAAGGGACCAUACAACCUCUCUCAAGGCCCCCCUCGGUUCGACGUCUCCAGUUGUGCACAGAAGUUGACAUCACUAGUCAAAGCCAUUGAUGACUUCUAUCAUCGCCAUGCUGACGUUGAGGACGUGGCCGUCCGAGCAGCGGCGGCUCUUGUUACGAUUCUCGACCGUGUUACGGACCGCGAUAAAAAUGCAUAUGAAGGCGUCAAGUGGAGUGUGAUGGAGGCCCUAUCAGACCCUGUUCAAAGCAACCUAUACGUUGCGCUGAUUGGAGCAGCAUCAGAUGACGACCCGCCAUUUGUUCUCGCUGCACUCGGGUUCUUGCCCCAAGAAGACGUAUACCGUAACCACUGGGCAAUGCUACAAGACAUCGAACGCAAGCUAACAGAUUCUCAUGCGCCCACUCAUUACAUGGCUCUCUUCCGCAAUGUCGUCUACGAGAAUCGUAAGAGGUCGGGUUCGGAGGUACACGAACGAGAAUCGAAGCGAGCAAUGCAGUAA